AUGCCUCCAAAGGCCUCUCGUAAGCAAUACCAGCGCGGUGAGCAGGUCAUGCAGGUUGGUGACCCCGGCAAUCAUGCUUUCAAAGCUCAACCUGUCAAGAACGGUAGAAAGAGAUCAAUGAAGAACAAUCCAAUCGAGAUUCAUUCUGAUGAUGAGCAUUUCCAGCCAUCCAAAAAGCCUUGUCCAGGCCCACGGGCAUCGAAUUCAAGAAGUCGAGCUGCUGAGCGAGAAAGAACUUUUGUCGAGUUCAGCCAAGAACCAGAUGAUAACCUCCCUCAAGAAGUCAUCAUCCGCUCAAAUGUGCAUCUAACAAAACUUUCGCAGCCAUUCGCAGAUAAAGAUGCCGAUGUAUACAUCUCACUUCUCGACAAGAAUCCCAGGUAUUCAUUCAGAAUGCACUCGUAUAUUUUAAAGCGUGCCUCAUCUUGGUUCAAAAAGGAACUUGAAGGAGAUUUUUUCGAUGAGGCAGAUUCAGCUACAGCUGCUGCUGUUACUGCAGACUGCGGUAUAAAAUAUAGAUUUGAACUGAAAUUUGAGGCUGAUCGCAACCACUGGGUAUUGAAUCGCUUGGGACUUACAAUGUUCGAGGAAUCUCAGACGGUCGCAGCCGAAACUACCUCCAGUAUCAGCAAAAAUAGUCAUUCUGUUCCAAGCAAUGAUGCAUUUUACUCGCGUCAAUCGUCCUGCCUUCCGCCACAAUAUGAUGGCUCAUGCGAUGACGUUGAAAUGGAAAAUACAAUGGGUGAUCCUCAUGUAUCUCCUGGUUUGGAUAUCUUCAGCUUCCUUUCGUUGCCAAGUGCCCUUCAACCCAUCCAAGGAUCAGCCAGUGAAUCUCAAGGAAGUGAGAAUCACAUCAAGUUACAAGAAGAUACCAUUGUUCAAUUGAAUAGUGCCGAACCUGAUCUACAAGCCCAGAAUAAUGUGAUGGAGCAAGUUGCAACACCGCCUACAAGUCCCACCAAGGUGGUAGCUGAAACUGAUACAGACCAGAUGGUGAUUCAGGGUCCACAGAUUGACAGAAUCCCCCAGCCAGUCCUUGCAGAUCAAAUCAUUCCAACAGCUGAUACGCCUAUCAAAGCAGAGAUUGAAUCCGAGGAACAGAUGAUAUCGCCAAGUCUUCCAGAAAACAAGUCGCCAGAAAGACAAGUUGAAGUCCUCUCGAAUGUAGAAGAAAAGGUUGACGAGCAAUUACGCAUCGAAUUACAGAAAAUUGAAGUGCCACCAGGUCGCAAAAUCUCACCCGAAGAACAACUUCAGGUUGUUAUCUCCAUGGAGAAUCCAAUGGGGCAUGAGAUAAAAACCGAAGAAGCACAGCAAGCUACAAUUUCGCUUUUGAAGCAGCAAUCCAAGAUUGAUCCAUUUGUCAAAGAACCGUCUAACAAUUAUGUUGUUGAACAGACAGUCAUUCCCACCACAGAAAAGACAAUCAACAAUGUAACAUGUCAAAAGCUAGCCCCUCUAAAAGUUGAGCAAACAAUCCUCGAUGCUUACCGCUCCCUUUUUCUAUGCUACUUCGGUUGUCCUCCUACCAUUUCAACAACGAAUGUUACAGCUGCAGCAAAACAGUCCAUGUUGUUAAUCAAAAUCGCCAAUCUCUAUGACUCAGCGAAGGUUGUCAGACCUUACAUAGUUGCAUCUCUCCUUUCCCUAGGACGUAGCCUAUACGCAUCCAUUCGUCGCAACCCUCCUCAUUUCCUGCUUUUGGCAUACAAGCUCCAAUGCGCUCCCAUCUUCAAGGAAGCCCUCAUUCACAUCGUAGGACAAUACCCCUCCUGGCCAUGGCUCACUAAGGAGAAUCGAAUGGGUCCCGAUCUUGGCAGCGUCAUUCAAAAGAAAGUCGACGAUCUCCAAGACAUGAGAUUCAAGGUCAAUGAUGCACUUUUCCAGAGCUGUCUCGUGAAGGAAAAUGUGAGAGUUAGCAUCAAUAAUCUAAAUAAAUCGACCUUUGACAUGUGGAUCAUUGUGCAGAUCUGGCAUGAUUGGUUCUCUCAACAGUUGCGCCAAUGCAAGAUGGUUCGACUACAUGAAAAUCGCUGCGUGGAGAAGACUAUGUAUAGACUUAUUGCUCAAGGUGGGGAUGCGUAUCUAAAUAUCGACGAUGUUAUGACAAUGAUUGAACCAUUCAGAGCCGGCUCAGAGACCAGAGAAUGGGGGCAUUGGGAGAAAGACCAGGUUGAGUUGCAGUUGAAUAUACUAAAGAAAUAUGCCUCGGAGAACGUCAAGGGUUUGUUGAUCAACGAGUUGAUGGGUGAUACCGGUGGGAAUGCUGAUGAAAUCGAAUAUCUCACUUGCACCGAGGUCCUUGAACUUGAGUUGCCAUGGGCUGAAGCACAAGUGGUCAUCAUUGAGGAUUAG